CUCCUUGUCGCUGAUUGGUUAUUGCCGAUAUUCAAGCGUUGUCCGGUGAUACUGGCAAGACUUGCAGGUUUACGUUUGUUUAAUAGCAUACUUUUUUAUGUUUUUCAUCUUCGUUUGGUUGUACUUUUGAGUUUAUUCGGAUUGCAGGAUAAACAAAGGCAAACACAUAGCAGCAUUUAUCCCGCAUUUUAGAUAGAUUUGAGAGUCGGGUAUGCCGCCAUCGAGCUGUCAGAUAAUGUUUUGGUUAUGUGCAGGUCGGUAGUUGGACACGGGAUUUACUAAAGUCUAGCAUGUGCACAUAUUUGAAGCUACAUUUUAAAUGGUUAAUUAGAUAUUAUGAGGUACAACAUUAAUAUAUGCAUGCCCAAGCUACAGCCGAGCUAUUUUAGUUAACAACGCUGAGAGCUGGUCCAAAAUGGACUCGUAAAUAAGAUGUUAGCGAUAGAGGCACCACACAGCACUGCGGUUCGGUGACAGAAUGAACACCGACCACCAAGGAAUCAAAGUAAAACGUGUAGCUUCACGGAAGAGGUCGAGAGACGGUCUGAGAAGUCAUCUUACACCUGCCAAGAAAAAAACUGGCAGCCCAGAGGAGCCGGAGGCUGGCCAAGAGGUGCUUAUGAUGGAGGAGAAGCUGGAGGAUGACUGUAGUGACCAAGAGGACCUGUUUGGGGACUAUGACAGCAUCCUUGGGGACCGCUCUUUCUUGGCCAGGCUGGAGGAGGUGGAGCUCGACAUGGGAUGUGAUAAUGGAGUUGCAAGUCAUCCAGGAUUUGAGGGUGCUCCACAUAGCCCUGAGGAUGGUUACAUGGCCCUGAGGACAGGGGGCAGCAAGGACUGUAGCAGUGCUGAUGUGGUGUCCUCCCUGAGGGACACAUUCAUGGAGGAGCUCCCGAGCUCCCAGCUUGCGUUUCAGCAAGAGUUGCUAAAAAAAGGAGCGUGGAGCACAAAUGGCUCUGCUUCCCCACAAAGAGAUGAUGCCCCCGAUUCUACUGGGAGAGCCACCAGAGGGCGCCCCAGCUCCAGAAACAGAAAGGAUGAGAAGGAUGCUGAAGCCCAAACUAAAAGUAGUGUGACUGACCGGUUGAAGAGUGCCAUGCGAGGGAACGCCACUGUGUCUUCCCUGGGCAUCUCCACCAGUGCUGCUCGGAAGGAGGCUGCCCUGACUGAGGAGAUAGGUGCAGCUAUGGAGGCCAGAGAGGCUGGGCCAGCAGGGAUUGACCUUGGUCCCUUCUACGGCCUCCCCAGCAAAGUGAAGGAGCUGAUCAGCAAGCAGCGAGGGAUCAAGGACCUCUACGAUUGGCAGAAGGCGUGUCUGACGCUGGAAUCAGUACAGCAGCGUAGAAACCUCAUCUACUCACUGCCCACCAGCGGUGGGAAGACCCUGGUGGCAGAGAUUCUCAUUCUCAGAGAGCUGCUGUGCAGGAGCAUGAACGCUCUGCUCAUUCUGCCGUACAUCUCUCUUGUCCAGGAGAAGGUCCGAGGUCUGGCCAGGCUAGGCCUGGAGCUGGACUUCCUGGUGGAGGAAUACGCAGGCAGCAAGGGACGCUUCCCCCCAGUGAAGCGCAGGAGGAAGAAGUCCCUGUUUGUGGCCACCAUCGAGAAGGGCCACAGUCUGGUCAACUCGCUGGUGGAGGCAGGCCGCCUGCAGGGACUGGGGCUGGUGGUGGUGGACGAGCUCCAUAUGUUGGGGGAGGGCAAGCGCGGGGCCGUGCUGGAGAUGACUCUGGCCAAGGUGCUCUAUGUCAGCAGCUCAACACAGAUUAUUGGCAUGAGUGCAACUCUGAGCAACACGGAAGAUCUGCAGAAGUUCCUCAAAGCUGAUAACUUCACAAGCGAUUUCCGACCUGUCCAGCUGAUGGAGUACGUGAAGAUGAGGGACACCAUCUACGAGAUCCACCCGAAGGAGGACGAGUGCUUCAAGUUCUCUCGCGUGUUGAAUUUUAAGUAUUCCAGCUCCAUGCAGAAGGUGGAUCCUGACCACAUCAUAGCCCUGGUGACAGAGGUCAUCCCUGCACACUCCUGCUUGGUCUUCUGUCCCAGCAAGAAGAACUGUGAGAACGUGGCAGAUAUGAUCUGUAAAUACUUGAAGAAGGGCUUCCUGAAGCACAGGGAGGAGGAGAAGAAGCGUCUCCUGCAGGAGCUGAGGGAGAGCGGGGCUGGGGCUCUGUGCCCGGUUCUGUGUCGCACGGUGCCCUUCGGCCUGGCUUACCAUCACGGCGGACUGACCGGCGAGGAGCGCCGGCUGCUGGAGGAGGCCUAUUCUGCCGGCACGCUCUGCCUGCUCACCUGCACCUCCACACUGGCCGCCGGAAUCAACCUGCCAGCCCGCAGGGUGAUCCUUCGCUCACCCUACGUGGCGACGGACUUCCUCAAGAGGAGCCAGUACAAGCAGAUGGUGGGCCGGGCAGGGCGGGCAGGCAUCGACAGCCUGGGGGAGAGCAUCCUCAUCCUGCAGGAGAAAGACAGGCUCUCUGCCAAGCAGCUGCUGUCCUCCCCUUUGGAGAGCUGCAACAGCCACCUGAUGGAUGCCAAUGGCCAAGGUGUCCGCAGCCUCAUCCUGUCGCUCGUCGGGUUAAAGAUUACGAGGACACUGGAGCAGAUCAGGGACUUUGUGUCAGGCACCCUGCUGAGUGUGCAGCAGAGUCACAGCUGCCAAGAGAAGAGUCUGUGGGAGGUUGCCCAGGAUUCUGUGGAGUUCCUCAGACACAAAGGACUCAUCAGCGUCUCCACGGACUGUGAGAACAACACAGUGCUGCUGGUGACCGACCUGGGCAGAGCCACUUACAAAGGCUGCAUAGAUCUGACCUACUGUGACGUCCUGUACCGUGACCUCUCAAAAGGCCUGGAUGGUCUAAUGCUCAGCAGCCUCCUGCACCUGGUCUACCUGGUUACUCCGUACGACUUGGUCUCCCAGUGCAAACCUGACUGGAUGGUCUACUUUCGACAGCUCACGUCCAUGACCGCCACUGAACUGAAGAUGGCGUCGGUCUUGGGGGUGCCGGAAAGCUUUGUGGCCAGGAAGGCGGCAGGGCAAAGCGUGAGGAAGCCAGCAGACCCCGAGGUGGUGGGCCGGCUCUACCUGGCGCUGGUCCUCCUGUCCAUGCUGAAGGAGACCAACCUGUGGGGCGUGGCCGACCGCUUCCGGCUGACCCGUGGCUUCGUCCAAAGUCUGCUAAGCUCAGCCUCGGCCUUCUGCUCCUGCGUACUGCACUUCACGGAGGAGCUGGAGGAGUUCUGGGCCUACAAGGCCCUGCUGAUGGAGCUGACGCGGCGGCUCACCUACUGCGUGAAGGCGGAGCUGAUCCCGCUGAUGGAGGUGGCUGGAGUGCAGGAGGUCGGUGCCCCCCUACCUGUGCGAUGCCCCACCUGGCCAUCUGGUGACCUCACACACAAGCUGCCCUUCAGUCAGGCCCCUAUCACCCUCACAGUCGUCCAUACCCUAACCUAUAGCAGGCCAGAGCUAAGCAGCUGUAUGGUGCUGGUUACAAGACACUGUCUCACCUCGCAAACGCAGAUCCUUCACUACUGGUCCAGACUGUGCCGAACCUCUCCAAGAGGCAAGCCAAUCAGAUUGUGGCUUCUGCCAAGAUGCUGCUGAUGGAGAAGGCAGAGUCUCUACAGGAAGAAGUCAAUGAACUUUUGAGCCUGCCUGCCGACCUCCCCUCCUCCUGAAUGUGUCUUUUUAGUCUCUGAUAUGUAUUCACCACUACCCCAAUAAAGCUUUUGGAGUCAUCA